AUGCUCGCCGACUUAAGAGCUCCCUCUUACUCCCUCACUCAUUUGAGUAGAGUAUUGCAUGACGAAGGUUGCAAAGACGAAGAUGACGAAUACCAGAUUGUGUUCCCCUUAUACGACAACGAGAAAGAUUACAGUCAAAUCAAAGACGUAGAAUCUCUGUCAAAUACUAGUUCUCACAUCGUUUUACCAAUUUUGGAAAGUUCAUCGGCUAUUACAUCAAGUCUAAUAUUACCGGGUCCGUUUGACCGUGCAGAGGACGAUACGGCCAUUGGGGCACAGCCGUCUAGACAUGUAGAUUACUUAUUGCAUAUUUGGAAAGAGGAGGAUAUCUGGUCGUCGUGGAAGCAUAUUGUAUCAAAGCGAAAAGUUCAUGGUAACAACGCAAGAUUGGAGAAUGCGUUAUGGCGGACAUGGACGAAGUCAAAGAAUAAGUUGAAUACUGUGCCUCCAGAAACUAUUAAUUGGUCGAAGGAUUGCGACGUGAUAUGGCUGUAUGGCCCCUUGCAAACUGGAACGGACAAGUCAUCACAUCUACCAUCCUCCUGGAUAGCAAGCAGCCGGAUCUCCAAGCCAAACACAUGCUUAAAUAAGAAACCAAUAUUAAAGAAGCGAGGCAUGUCGGAGAUAAUGCUACAGAGAUCUUUUUCGUCUUUAUCGCUUCGCAGACAGGCAGCUGCAACAGCUCAAGCACAGCAAUCUGAUAAUCGAGGACUUGUUUGUUUAAGGGCCGACCAUAGAGUUUCCAAUUAUACUGUGUCAUUUUCAUCACCAGGUUUCAGUCAAGAGAGUACCAGCAUGCUCUCUUCGAUCUCCUCAUUAGGGCCGUCAUCUCCAGAAGUAGGAGAGAAGAAAACCAUACGUUUUAAUGAGCAAGUUGAGCAGUGUAUAUCGUUGGAGAUAAAGGACAAUGGCAGCAAAGAGAUAUAUGCCAUUAAUGACUACGAUGAUAGCGAUUCUGAUAAUGAAGGAAUUGUGAUGAGGAACAACUCGAAGCGGAAAUUACCCCCACUCCUUAAAAGGAGGACAUCGGGUCAAACCUCCAGUGUGGAGAGCAAGACGAUUGCAAUGUUACCACCAACGACAUUGAAGUAUAAAGGGGAUACACUGGAGGCCUCAGAAAUCGCAAUAAAGCAUAGCAAUGGAUUCUGGAGCGGUAGUAAAUCAUCUCCCUCCCCGUUUCAAGAGACGUCAAGACCAUCAACACUAUCCACAAGACCGUUGUUCGGGAGUGGUGAGGAGGGCAAUGAUGACGGCAAUGAUGAUGUCGAUAUGGACUGGCAGCCACCGAGAGCCUUCAACAACCGCAAGGAUUAUGUAUCAGCAUCACAAGAGCGGCUCCAGAAUUUGCACGCGCCGGCAUCUACAUCCAGUCUCACCAGCGAAUCCUCAGCCUUCUCUAUGCGUUACGAAGAAGUUAAAGAUGAUGUCAUGUCUGAAAGUUUCUUUGGAAAGAUUAUGGAGACUGUAAAUACAGCGAGGGAUAUCGCACAGGCAAUUACGGCAUGGAGGCGGUAG